AUGUCAUUUUCUGAGGAACAGUUUAUUGGAAAGCUUAAUGGGUUGGACGAGACGCAAGAAUCAAUUGUUGGCGCUUCUAAGUGGUUAUUGACAUUAUACAAAGAAGCUCAUGUGGUUGCCCAAAGCUGGUCCAAAUACAUUUUAAUGACGACUACUAACACAAGAAGGAAGCUGCUGGCGAUAUAUUUAGUUAAUGAUGUUAUCCAGCAGGCAAAACAUAAACGUAUAUUACAAUUUGGAAAUGAAUUUGGUAAGGUUUUACCUGAAGUAUUUAGCCAAGUAUUUCCAGAUUUGCCACAGGAGCUACAAAAGAAGGUAAAAAGAGUGGUUCAUAUCUGGAGGCAGAGGCAAAUCCUAUCAGAGAACGUAUUGGCCAAGAUAGAGGACCAUAUUAAGAAAGGAAAACCAACUAGUACCGGUUCAUCAAACAAUGCCGACAGUAAGAUUGAAGACAUCACAUCACUGUACCAAUCUUUAGGUAAAUAUACUCCAAGCAUAAAGUCUACUAGGCUAAAAUUUGAGAAAUCCUUGGAUGCACUUGAUCCCAAAAGUAUGGUUUAUCCUGAGAACUUCAAGACAGUAACAAAAAUUGCGACCUCAGCGAAGGAAAUAUUACACAAAUCAAUCGAUAUGAGAAGAACACUUUUAAAGCACUUAGAAACUUUGGGAGAAGAGCAAAAAAAGGUAUUAAAUAGUGAACUGGACUCUAUAAGUGAAAUAGAUCUCUUACUAUCUUUGAAGGAUCCAUCUAACGUACAAACUUCAUCAGCAGUAAAUGACGAUGUCUUACCCACUUAUGAGCAAGAAAUUGAUAGUGAAAAUUCUUCUGAAGAAAGUGACGACGAUUCCAAGUCUAAAAAAAGGUCCUCAGAAGAUGAGUCGGAUCCUCAACUCAAGCGAGUUAAGGUAUUUGCCUCGGAUGAUGUUAUGAAUAGUGGUUAUGAGCCUACUGCCAUGUUGAAUACGGACGCCGCCGCCAUUACUCCGGAUGAACAAAAUUCUAUCACUUCUAGCAUUCAGGAUUUGCUAAGCAAACUAGCUAAUUAG